GUGCGCUCAGAGGCGCGAUCUCUCGGUCGCUGCUUGGGGAGGACCGGUGUCCAUAUACUCUGACGAUUCGGAUGCGUUUCAACAUCCAAACUGUACAGAACAAUGAAGCAUCAUCGGCUACUAAUCCGUUGCCUCCUACUCACAGCGGCGUCUCUGAACAGCGUGAGGGCACAACAGUCCCUUCUGGACAGUUUACUGGGUCUCAUCCGCAGCGGCCUUCAGAACUCCGAAGGAGUAACUUACGACACCAACGUCUUCAAUGCAGAGUACGAUUUCGUAGUGGUAGGAGCCGGUUCCGGUGGAUCUGUUGUAGCCAACAGGCUGACGGAGGUGCCAGGGUGGUCCGUUUUACUACUCGAGGCCGGUGGAGAAGAGAACUUUGUGACCGACAUACCGCUUAUGGCGAGCUACGUGCAAUUUCUGGGGUUCAACUGGGGCUACAGAACCGAACCAGACGAAAAUUACUGUCGAGGCAUGGAAGGAAAACGCUGUAGGUGGCCUCGUGGAAAAGUAAUGGGAGGAACUAGUGUAAUUAAUUACAUGGUAUACACCAGAGGUAAUAGACGAGACUAUGACCUCUGGGAGGCUCUUGGUAACAAAGGAUGGGGAUACGACAGCGUUCUGCCUUACUUCUUGAAGUCGGAAGACGUCGGUAUUCCAGAAUUGAUUAAUUCACCGUAUCAUUCAACGGGGGGAUAUUUAAACGUCCAGGAAGCUCCUUGGAGGACGCCUAUUGUUCCAGCGUUUUUAGAAGCAGGCAAGGAAAAGGGUUACGAAGUAAGGGACCCAAGUUCAGAGUCACAGAUCGGCUUCUCGUACGUACAAGCCACAAUCAGAAACGGUACUCGAUGCAGCGCGUCGAAAGCCUUUCUUCGGCCAAUAAGAAACCGGCCAAACCUUCAUAUCGCAAAACAAGCAAGAGUCACAAAAGUGCUGAUAAAUCCCAAGACAAAUCAAGCAUUUGGUGUUCAGUUCGUCAAAAACAGACGUACGCACGUAGUACGCGUACGAAAGGAAGUGAUUCUAUCCGCCGGUGUAUUCAACUCGGCCCAGCUCCUCAUGUUGUCUGGCGUGGGCCCUCGUGAACACCUCGAAGAAGUAGGAAUUCCCGUCAUCAAAGACCUGAAAGUCGGAUACAACCUUCAAGACCACGUUUCCAUGGCAGCUCUUGCGUUUCUCAUCAACGAUUCAGUAAGCCUCAUUGAAGGAAGACUUGUGUUCAACGUCAAUUACGGCCUGGACUAUUUGCUCAACAGAAAUGGCCCUCUAACGAUCCCAGGAGGUGCCGAAGGCAUUGCAUUCAUCCAAACUAAAUACAGCAACGGAAGCAGGCCUGAAGACCCGGAUUACGAAUGGCCAGACCUGGAGAUAGUAUGCGCGCCUGGAACUCUGACCGGGGACACGGCGGGUAGCCUCCGGAGAGGACUCGGCAUCACGGAGAAGCUGUACCAACAGGUGUUUGGGCCCGUAGCUGGGAAGGAUGCGUUCGCGCUGGUGCCGAUUAUAUUAAGACCGAGAAGUCGGGGGCGAGUGAAGCUUCGAUCCAAGGACCCGUUUCAUUCUCCUCUGCUGUUCGCCAAUUACUUCGAUGACAAGCAUGAUCUCCACGUCUUGGUGGAAGGAGUUAAACACGCAAUUGCCCUGAGCCAGACGAAAGCGUUCCAGAAGUUCGACAGCAAACUCCACAACAUCCCCUUCCCGGGAUGUGAACACAUGGACUUCGGGUCAGACGCGUACUGGGAGUGCGCUGCUAGAUUGGUCACGACGACCCUGCAGCACCAGGUUGGGACGUGCAAGAUGGGACCCGAUUCCGACCCUGACGCCGUCGUGGACCCCGAACUGCGGGUCAGAGGAAUCGAAGGCCUUCGAGUGGUGGACGCUUCCAUCAUGCCCGUGAUUCCUACCAGCCACACGAUGGGCCCGGCCUACAUGAUCGGCGAGAAGGCCUCCGACAUGAUCAAACUGGCGUGGAGGAAAAGCACGUGACGCCCAAGAUGUGUGUGUGUGGGGGGGGGGACCUAUUCUCUCCGGGGGAUGAAAAAUGCAACAGUUGGUUCUUCUCAUAAGGGCAGAACGAACAUGAAGACGAGACAAGACGGCCACGAACAGAAGCUUGAGACAGAGUAAUUUUGUUGUUUUUUUCGAUUAACGUACGUGGUUAAACAUAAACUGGACACUGAAAUAAUCUGACAGCCUCUACAUUAUAUAGGAAAAAACGCAUGAGAAGCAUACAGUAGCAACUUGGACAUUGAUAACAAUCUGAGUAUUUAAAAAUAUAUAAAAAUCAACCCUGUGUUGAGAUGGGCGGCCGCAAGACCUAUCGGAUGCCAGCAGUCCGGCAAACGAAAGAAUACAAAAUUCCCUAAGAUUCCCCUUAAAUAUUUGUGUCAUUUCUUUACUAAUAAUCAGAGUGAAUUAAUAUCUGGAUGUGUUUGUUACUUAAAUAUCUCACUGAGUUACACUACUAGUGUGUGAUAUGGAUAAGAAAAGCAAACUUUCACUAACGAUUUUAUAAAGAAAAAUUGAUUCUGAACAUACUGAUAUACCACUCAAUCACCCAAGAAGAAAUUUACUACGCUCGAUGUAGAAUUAAUUUUUUAAAAAAAACAGGAUGUAAAUAUACGCCAUGGGAGUGACGUGUAUUAACGAACGUUAAAGCAGACUGUACACAAAGUUACUACUCACCUAUAUAACAGACGAAGAUCAGAACGCUCGGUGAAGUGCUCAGUGCUUGUUAUUACGACAUUCAACUACAUAUUGCGGUCAGAACUGUAAGUCUGACGACAUAUCAGCACAACAAAAUUAUAAGACUCCUAAUUCACAGGUGAAACACGCAAUAUAAUGUUAAAUGUGAGCAAAGAAACUAGCAAGGCUAUGGCCGCCAUGUUAGUGAAAUCUGGGUCACGAAAUUAAGAUAUCAGCUAGGUGUAGGCUGUUCGAGUUUCAUCAUAAACUGAGACUAUACAAAGGUUAGCAGAACGGAGGAACACGAAACUGAAAUUAAAAUGUCGAUGUUGAUCUUCGGGGUUGCAAAACUAUAUCUAAAAGUGCAAACAGCGUUACAACAACUCCAGAAGACUAACAAGGACAUCUUCAUCUCGCUGUAAUAACCUCAAAUCUAACUAAUUAUAUUUGACGCAAAAUAUCUCCGAGCUUCUACGAUCAUUACAAACACACGUGUGAGAGAAAGGUAGACCGGGAAGAGAUGACCCAGUUUUUCCUCGUGCUGUCUGAUGCGAGAUUAUUACGUUUAAGCUGUGAAAUUAGCGCGUGAGGGUUAAAGUGUGUGCCUGCUUUGCCAAUGUUUUAUAGUUCUUGGGUUCGUUGAAUACAGUGAACUUCAAAAACCAGUCAGUACAUGAGAAUGCAAACGACCGCGUCGAUACUAAGAGGGGAAAAUGUUUUCAGUUACAGACUCAUUGUCAUCUUGCUCCCCUCUUGCCCUCUCACAGUAAAACAGUUGAAGCUCGGAGUUAUUUUGCGUCCACUGUAAAUCAAAACAAUUAAAAGAUUCAGGAACCAGAUUUAUGAAACAUUUUCCCAGGACAAUGUUAAACUGACUAUGGAAGUUUCGAAACUAAACCCUGCCAUACAACAACAACAACAACAACAACAAAAACUUACCCUUUCAGUGGCGUGUCCCUUGAGACUGUUGUUUCCUAGAUGCACUCUGAGGGUGACGUCUGAACGCGUGACCCUAGACCCAGACUGGAGGAAUUUCGAGUGUCUUGAGGCAGCGCGAUAGACCAGCGCGUACAGCACCAAUAUGACGAGGGCCGGCAGAUAGAAGGAGCCACAUGCAGAGAAUAUGACGUAGCCCAGUUGCUUGUUGACGUGGCAUUCGGUGUCACUUGAAUCGUCCCUCCAGCCCAGAGGAGGUGCAAUGCUUAUAGCCAAAGCCAGUGCCCAUAUCCCAGCAAUGAGUCCUCUGGCACGUCUCUUUGUCAGGAUUCGCGAAUAAGCCAGCGGUCUUGAAACCCCGAUAUAUCGGUCGACAGAAAUACCACACAGAGACAGAAUAGAGGCGGUGCAGCACAGGACAUCCAGAGAUGUCCAUAUAGAGCAGAGGCUGGGGCCCAGAAGCCAUAUUCCGGACAGUUCUCGUGUUGCCGACAGAGGCAGCACAGUGACACCCAGAAGAAGAUCUGCGACUGCUAGGUUCACGAUCAGAGAGUGCGUCGGUGAACGUAGUGUUGGGCUGGGUACCACUGCGACUAUCACAAGAAGAUUUCCGCCAAUCGUGAGCAAGAUUAUGAGUCCCAGGGCGACUGCUUCCAGAACAAGCAAUGAAUCUGAAAAUACGCGAGCUGGAGACGUCGUCACGGAAACUUCAUGAAGAUCUGCUGUAAGCAAAUUGCAGUUCUGCAGAAUGACGAGAAAGGGCGCACUGAGUACAUUAGUGUCAGUUUGUGAGGAUGAAAUGUUUUCGAUGGCAAAGAAAUUUGAAGUGUUUUCUUCCAGACGUCUUGUGAGACAAUCCUCAAUGGACAAAGGUACAUAUUCGUCACUAUAAUUCAUUGUCAGUGAUUUUUAUAUUACCGAAAAAUUAACUUCACGUCAGAUGCGGUAACAUCCAACGACAAAUUUCCCGACGAUUUCACUAUUCAAAGGCAAAUUUCAUGACAGACACAUUCUUCUCAGUUUGACGGAUUUAAUGUCAGCUCUCUGAAAUAAUAUUCAACCAUGACACUUCAGUGAUACAGCUUCUUCAAUCUUGUACUGAUUCUUUUGUAAUUAACGAAAUCCAUAAUUGGUUGAAAACUUAACUCUUGGUCCAUUUCAGAUGACAUCCAUUUUGUUCCUUCAGACCUGUUAACAAAAAAAAAGGUAAUUAAAACCAACAUGCAUAUAUGAAUUAUAAAUAUUUCCCUGUUAUUAGUACAUCUGCAUCUCAAGACAUUAUUAUUAUCAUUUCAGUUUCAGCAAAGAUUUUUGUAGAUGAUUAUUAGCUGGUUACCAAAAGUGCACUUGUUCGCCUGAAAUUUUUAAUGAACCUACUUUUACUUUGGUCUCAUUAUUUGUUCUCGGCUCUUCCAGUGACCCGGAUAUAACCGCACUAAAUGACAAAACAUUAAACGAAUAGAAACUGAAUAAAUGAAACGUCAUUAAAACUUACGACAACUUAUAAUUAGAAAUUCGCGAAGAUCGGAAACGCUACUAGUUUUUGAUAUUGUCUUAAUUAAUCAGAAAAAUAAAUAAAAAAAAUAUGAAGCCGGAAAACAGAAGUGGUGGUAAGAACGUUACUGGGAUAUAUAUAUAAGGAAAUAAAAUCAAAAAAAAAAAAACACCUCAGAUUCGGCAGCCAAUACCAUAGAAUAAUGACUGUUGCAUUACAAAUAUAUAGAGCGAAGAAUGUUAUAGAAAAUCUUUAUUAUAAGGAUGUUGUAACGUAUAGACAAUGACCGACAUUUUGGAGGAGCCUGACGUCUCCAUCAUCAGGGUGACGAACGACUAAUGUGACCGAGUGACACCAUAUUUUUAUUAAUGUUUCUUUGAUCACAUUUUAAAAUUAUUAAAUAAAUGACUAUUUUCGUCA